AUUAUUAUUCAUUCAUUCAUCACAUAACAUCUUCAACAGUUCAAAAAAAAAAAAAAAAUACAAUGCAAUAUCAUGGAAGUACCACAAUGCAAUAUUACUACAACCACAUGCCGGUGAGUUACCACCACCACCACCACCCGACGGUGGCGGUGGAUCCGCUAGAGAGGGUGGCAAAGCUGGCGUCACAAAGUGCGGUGGUGAUAUUCAGUUUGAGCAGUUGUUGUAUGUGUUAUGCGGUCAAGAGUUUGUUUUCCGGGAUGGGUGUUAACCCGACGGUGUACGAGCUAGAUGAGGAUCCGGUCAGGGGUAGGGAGAUGGAACGGGCGUUGGUCAGGCUUAUGGGCAGCUCUACGGCGGUGCCGGUGGUGUUUAUCGGUGGGAAGUUGGUGGGGUCUAUGGACCGGGUUAUGGCGUCUCAUAUUAAUGGGACUUUGGUCCCACUUCUUAAGGAAGCUGGGGCACUAUGGCUUUAGUUGAAUAAUGAAUACGUAUUUUAUUUUUGAUGUUAUUUAGGUAAUUAUGUUAUGUAAUGUUAAGAAAAGUUGAGAUGAUGUCGGUGUUUGUUGUUACUGAUACAAACUUUAUUCUACACUUUCUGGUUUGUUAGAAAAAGUUGAGAUUAUUUCAGUGUUUGUUGUUACUGAUAC